ACAUCUCUGACGAGGUGGGUCAGAAUCAACUAAUGGCAGCACUUCUCCGCGAUAGCAAUUUCUCUCGGUCUCAUUUAUAAAUAUCAUAGCCCAGCAAGGCGGUGAGACGAAGUUCGAUAAAACGCGAAUAUAAAAGGACGGCCUUUCAGGAGUACGAACAGAUUCGUGCCAAAAUAGUCUGGUCUCUACUCUCUACUAUCCACGGUUGUACCAUAAAUCAAUAAGAGUCACCAUCCGUAAUUUGACUUUAAGGCUGACUUCAAGGCUGCUGGUAGCGCAUUUUCGUAUUUUUUUGUUCUUUUUUUUUUUGCGUCAACAAGUGAUUCAGACAGUCCGACCAAUCAGUUUCGGUCGGUCUUACGACCCAGUGACAAACAUUAUCUUACUCUCUCGCUUGCUCUCGCAUAUUGCAAUAUUCCCUCGCAUUAAUAGUAACAUUUCCGCAUAAAAUAAUGGCGAAUCCGAAACCAACGAUUAAGUAUACUCAGAUAUUUAUCAAUAAUGAAUUCCUGGAUGCAGAAAGCGGCAAGACCUUUUCUACUAUAAAUCCAGCAAAUGGUUCGGUUAUUGCGGACAUUUCUGAGGGAGAUAAGGCGGAUAUCGAUAAGGCAGUGGCAGCUGCAAAAAAAGCGUUCGCCAGAGGUUCAGCUUGGCGCAAUUUAGAUGCAUCUGCACGAGGAAGACUUCUACAGAAGCUUGCAGACGCUAUUGAACGGGAUAUUGAUUACAUUGCAAGUGUGGAAACCCUUGAUAACGGGAAAACGUUUUCAAAUGCUAUCGACGAUGUACACAGUAGUAUUGCGGUAUUACGCUAUUAUGCUGGAUGGUGCGAUAAGAUUCACGGAGAAACUAUUCCUGCUGAUGGACCUUAUUUCACGGUGACCCGUAAAGAACCUGUUGGAGUAGUGGGCCAAAUUAUACCAUGGAAUUAUCCGCUGGCAAUGUUAGCAUGGAAAUGGGCCCCCGCUUUAGCAGCUGGAUGCACUCUAGUUCUAAAGCCUGCAGAGCAAACUCCAUUAAGUGCGCUUUACGCGGCAGCUCUUGCAAAGGAAGUCGGCUUUCCACCUGGUGUUGUCAACGUUGUUCCGGGUUACGGUCCAACAGCAGGUGCCGCUUUGGCAAUACAUCCCGAUAUUGACAAAAUCGCUUUCACAGGAUCAACUGAGGUAGGGCAUAAAGUCAUGCAAGCUGCAGCCAGUAGUAAUUUAAAACGUGUCAGCAUGGAAUUGGGAGGAAAAAGUCCUCUUGUCAUUUUUGAUGACGCUGAUGUUGAGGAGGCAGCGGAGAUCGCCAGUUCAGCGAUAUUUGCAAACCAUGGUCAAAACUGUUGCGCAGGCUCGCGCACUUUUGUUCAUUCAAAUAUUUAUGACAAAUUCGUCAAAUGUGCCGCUAAAAAGGCGGCUCAAAUCACAGUUGGGGAUCCGUUUAAUCCAGCUAACUCGCAAGGACCGCAGGUUGAUCAGGCUAUGCUUGAGAAGGUAUUAAAUUACAUUGAAUCUGGGAAGAAAGAAGGGGCCAUAGUGGAAGCAGGUGGAGAAAGAGAAGGCACCAUUGGAUACUUUGUUAAGCCUACGAUAUUUUCCCAUGUUACGGAUGAUAUGAAAAUUGCGAAAGAAGAGAUAUUUGGUCCUGUACAGUGCAUUUUGAAAUUUGAUACACUGGAAGAAGUUAUUGAACGUGCAAAUGCUACAUCGUAUGGACUUGCUUCCGGUAUUAUUACUAAAGAUAUUGAUAAGGCUCUUAUAUUUGCACAAACAGUACAGGCUGGAAGCGUAUGGAUUAACUGCUACGAUGCUAUAACUCCACAAACCCCAUUUGGUGGAUUUAAGAAAUCUGGAAUUGGACGCGAGCUGGGAUCAGAGGGACUGAAUGAAUAUCUUGAAACUAAGACGAUCAGAUGUAAGAUUCCUAAACUCAAUGUUUAAAUUCACUUAUCUUCUACAUUCUUUGUUAAACAUGAAUGCCCUUAUUAUGUACAUUAUAUAUAUUGAACAAGUUUAUAUGUUUUACGUACAAAAUAAAAGAUACUAACAUCCAA